UUCUCAUUUUUUUGUUUAAAUUUAGUUUAUUAUUUUUUUGGUUUUCUAUUAGUUAAUGUGAAUUAAUUUUGUUUGUGUCUCCUUAAUUGCAAUUAAUAAAACGUGACAAAUUACUGUGAACAUGUCUCAAUCCUAUGAUUGGAAACAAUUGAUUGAAUCAAAGCCCCGGGAAUUGGUUUUCAAAGAUGCUCCUGCCUGUAAACAUAUUGAAGAGGAAAAUGGUUUGAAUGAGAUAAUAUUUAAAUUGAGAAGUUUAAAUUUUCUUGAAAUUAGUGGAACACCAUUAACUUGUUUCCCUGAUAAAGUGGCGAAUUUGGCUAACCUGACUAAUCUUAUUCUAAGAAAUAAUAAAUUGUCUCACCUUCCACCUGAUAUUGGUCGUCUCAAUAAACUUAAAUUUAUCGAUGUUUCCAAUAAUUGUUUGGAAAAGAUUCCCGAUGAGAUUGGUAAUCUAUUGGAACUUCAAUCCCUGGUCGCCAAUGUGAACAAAUUAACAACCCUGCCUGAGAGUUUGAAAAAUUUGACCAAUCUUACUAUUGUCAAGGUAGAAUUUAAUUCAAUGGAACAAUUUCCUGAGAGCAUUUGUGAUGAGAAUCUUAAACACCAUCUAGCCGAGAUUCAUGCUAAAAAUAAUUCUAUUCAAUAUAUUCCCCAAACAAUUGGUAAAUUAUCUGCUCUUAAAGUACUUGAUCUAACAGAAAAUGCGAUCAAUGAUGUUCCUGGUGAAUUGGGUGAUUGUAAUAGGCUGAAAGAGAUCCAUUUAAAGGGUAACAAGUUAACCGAUCGAAAGCUUCUCAAGUUGGUCGAUCAAGGUAAAAUGAAGCAGAUAAUUGAUUAUAUUCGAGGUCAUUGUAUCAAAGGUGGUGCUCCAAAGGGCAACGAUACAACGUUGAAGGAAACAUUUGCCGAUGCCAAGGCCAGAGUAAGAGAGGCUCGUCGUCGCCGCCGAUCAUCAUCCCGUUCAUCUUUGGAGGAUAAAGAAGCCUCAAUGGAUACAAUAAAGAUAUUGAAUGUUGCUCCAAAUGAAUUUCGAUUGGUCACAGCGACACCAAUUAUUUUGGAAACUCGUAAAAUUGUUUGUUGUAUCGUUCGAAAUGUUGAUCUCACCCGUGACGGGAUGGUGAAAAAAUUUCUCUCUCUACAAUCUGAUCUUCACGAUGGUUUACUUUGUGGUAAAAGGAAAAACGCGACAAUUGCUUCUCAUGAUCUUGCCAAAAUUACGGGAAAUAUUGUUUUCGAUUUAAGGCCUCCGUCUAAAAUUCGUAUUCAUGCUCUUGGUCGUCACGAAAUGUCUGCCGGUGAAUUGUAUAAGAAUUUAAAUGACGAGGCCGAAAAUUAUCGAAAGGAAAAGAAACGCAAUGCCUAUUCGGGUAUUCACAAGUAUUUAUUGCUGCUAAAGGGUAAAUCACGAUUCCCUUGUUUAACCGAUUCUGCAGCGACGGUCAUUUCUUUCCCACCGAUAACCAAUUCAGAAAAUACGAAAAUCUCUGAAGAAACCAAAGACCUUUUCCUCGAAGUUACUGGUGAAAGUCAACCGACUUGUAAGAAAGUGAUGGACUCAUUAAUCCACGGGAUGCUCAAACUUGGCCUUGGGGCCGAUUGCAAAGACAAGAAUGAUGCUCCCCUUCCCAAUACUCUACAAUUAGAGCCCGUUAAAGUUGUUGAUCCCGAAGGAAAAUUAUACGUUGUCUAUCCGUCUAAAGUUGAUUUAAUUUUCGAUGAUAUUAAAUUAACCCGAGACUAGAAAUUUAAAUCUAAAGUCACAAUUACAUAAACACCCAAACAUUGAGCCCUUCCCUCCGUUGACCGUGUUGAUAUAUUACAACACAAACAAAAACAGUUCUCAGCCCGAAAUUGAAAACCUUUAAUUGCCGUUUAUCAACAAUCAAAAGAAAUUGAAAACAAUUUAAUUUAAAUGCUCGGAAAUAUAACAAUUUGGAUGGAUUUUCUUUUUUAAAUUGUCAGAAUUUAGUUUUAUUGUCGAUUAACAAUUAACAUUUCUACGCCUCGAUCGACAAUAAAACUAAAACUCUCCAAGUGAGAAAAGAAAAAUAUUUUUGUCACAAUUAGUUUGAUGAUUAAUUAAUUGUUCUUGUAAGACUUUGCUGUAAAAGCUUUUCCUCUUUUUUUUCACAGAAAUGAGAAUAAUUUAAAUAACUGAGACUCGCGAAGUUAAUUGUUAAAUUAUCAAUUAAAGUGACAUUAAUUUUCAAUCUAAUUUGUAAUUCGUAUUAACAGUUAAUAAAGAGUCAAAUUGGCUAUUGUUUAAAUCACGA